AUGAUUCGUCGCAUUCUUCUCCUGCGCCUCGCGGGCGCCCGGAAUGGGCGAGUGCGCUACCUGACGACCGAACGGAAAGCCCAGCUCAAGUACGAGAUUAAGACGGGCAUCAAAUACACGGGCUACAUAUGGAUCGCCGGCGCCGCUUUCCUUGGUGCCUGGUUCGCCAUCGUCCAAGAGCGCCUCGAGCGCAGGUAUCCUACGCCACACGAAUGGGGUUACCGGACACGCAUGGACUUCCGCGGCGGCAACUGCGCGAGGUACGAACCGUCACCGGGCAAGACCACCGACUGGCUCCAGGUGGCGUGGUGGUUUGAAACGACUGUCAAGCGGCUUCAAGAUCCCAAAAUUGACGGGAAAGACGUGAAGGAUGCCCCGCACGACUGCCCGCCGGGUACGAAGGACAUCACUGGGAAGUCGGAGGAGUGGAGGAGAGGGUACUAUGAAGCCAUGAUGGGAUAUGCCAAGGCGGCCGAGUACGUGGAGGGUUGGGUGCUGGACAAGUCAAGAAACAUUGUGUUCCCCGCAGGCACCAUGAUCGGGCCGUCGAAUCCCUACCCCAAGCCCCUCCCCGCCGGCUUCAAGGGCGCGCCCAAGGAGGAGGACUGCGAGCUGCGGUUCGAGUCGCCCGACGACAUCUACCUUCAGAUCCUAUCAACGCCAGGGUUCACAAACCGGCAGAAGAUCGAAGCCGGCCUGGCGUACGGUUCCUGGCUCGAGUACAAGGGCGUCAGUGGCCCCGCAAGCAUCAUUUUGGAGGACGCGGUACACCUCGCCGCCUCCGAACGGCACGGCCUCCCCGCCGAGCCCCUCAACACCAAAACCUGGACCCUCAACGAAGCCGCCGGUCCGCCCUCCGAAAACCUUCUCAACUCCCUCACAGCUUACGCCACCUUCCGCGCCCGCCAGGGUGCCCUCAACUCGGCCCUCCCCAUCCUGGUCUCCAUCCUCAAAGGCCGCCGCAGCCUCCCCCCACCCACCUCCAGCACCGCAACCCCUAUCUCCCUCGCCGCCGUCCUCAACCCCCCCCAACACCCAACCAACCAACCCCAACCCACCACCACCAACAAAAGCAUCCUAUACAAACUAACCCACUUCCUGGCCCCCCCUCCUUACCCACCGCCCCCACCCGACGGCACCUCCCCCCCCACCCGCGACGCCCUCGACCUCUGCCAAGAAGCCGCCCUCAGCCUGCACAUCGGCGAGAUCCUGUACACAUCCUCCUCCUCCCCCUCCCCCGCCAGCCGCGAGGAAGGACUCGGGUGGACACGCGAAGCCGUCGACGUGGCCGAGGAGCAGCUGCACCAGCUGCCGCAGCGCGUCGAGCAGGACAGUCCCGCGCGCGCGGCGUGUAGGGAGUGUCUGGCGACGGGGCUGGGGAAUUGGGCGGCUAUGGUAAGGAAGUUGGCGAAGGAGGAAGGUGCUGGGAAGGAGAAGAAAAGUGCUGGGAGUGGUGGGGGGUGGUUUGGCGGGUUGUGGGGGGAGGGCGUGGCCAAGGUGGAGGACGUGGAUCGCUGGGCAGCCGAGGAGAAGGUUAUUGAGGAGCGCCAGCGGAGGGUGAGGGAGUUGUUGGAGGAUUUGAAACCCCCGCCGAGGGGGAUCUUGUCGUUCCUCCAGGCUUGA